AUGAAUUCUGAUGAUGAGUCUUGGAUGUUCACCUACGACCUGGCAAUGAAACAGCAGCCAGAAAAGUGGCACGCACUGUACUAUGUCAUUGCAGGCAGAUAUAGGCAUCAAUCCUCUCCAACAACUACUGAAGAUAAGUCGCAACAGAGACUCCUCCACCCUUGUGGCUUCUGUGACAUUGAAACUGGAAGACUGUUCUGUCUGAAAACACGCCUGAGGGUCCAAACAGGAUCAAAGCAUUCAUCCUGCCUGACAACUACUGAGGAUGACGUGUUCCAACAAGGACAAUUCCAACACGGUGAUAGCUGUGACGGUGAAACUGGAAAACUGUCCACUCUGAAAACACACAUCGGGGAGCACAGAAAGGAGCGGCCAUUUCAGUGCCAUUUGUGCCCUCAAAGCUUCUCGCACAGAUCCAGCCUGAUUAGGCAUUUGCGCGUUCACUCGGGCGAGAAGCCAUUUCAGUGCCCUUCUUGCUCUCUGAGCUUCUCGCAGAAGGCCCAUCUUGACAGACACCUGCGUGUCCACACUGGGGAGCGGCCGUUUCCGUGUCAUUUGUGCCCUCGGAGCUUCUCGCAGAACAGCAUUCUUAAGGAUCACCUGCGUGUCCACACUGGCGAGCAGCUGGAUCAGUGUCAUUUGUGCCUUCGGAGCUUCUCGCAGAGAUCCAGCCUGAAUAUUCAUUUACGCAUGCACUCAGGCGAGCGACCAUACUGCUGCACCAUCUGCUCCAAGUCCUUUGUUCUGGCCAGUCGCUUGAAAAGACAUAUGACAACAAAGCACCAGGGCAACCCUGAGAUAUAGGCAUCAAUCCUCUCCAACAACUACUGAAGAUAAGUUGCAACAGACUCCUCCACCGCUGUGGCUUCUGUUACAUUGAAACUGGAAGACUGUUCUGUAUGAAAACACGCAUGAGGGUCCAAACAGGCGAGGAGUCCUUUCAGUGCCCCUCAUGCCCUCAGACUUUUGUGAGAAGCAGCUACCUCAAGAGACACUUGCAAAUGUACACAGGCGAGCCACGAUGUCACUGCAACAUCUGCUCCAAGUCCUUUGUACAGACCGAUAAAUUGACAGACACAUAUGAAAACACAAUACUAUGAUGCUGCAGAAUAGGCAGUGGUUACGUUCGUGCACUUUUUGGAUAAAUGUAGUUUGAAUGUGGAAUACACCUUGCACAGUUCACAUCAUCCUUGUGUAGAGCGUGUGAACGGCGGCCGCCAGCGCGCUUCCGGAACCAGCCAGCGACGCCCGACGGUAGUUGCUCGGCCCUGGAUUAGAUGCGUCUGGGAAUGUAUGACCACACUUACAGACAAGCCUUGCUCUUUCACUGCUCGCGGAAGCAGACGAUUAGCUGUGCGUCAGUAUGAAGGCGCUUAUCUUGAAACUAAUGCUGGUCUCUGCUUGUGCUGGUUCUCUCCACGUGAAAGUGAAACUACCCUGGAUGCAUGUAGCAGUGGAAAGACAGAGGCACUGCGUAAGCAUCUACUCUCGCAGGUAGUGAAAGAGCAAGGUUUUUCUUUGUUUGGCAAAACGCGCCCAGACGCAUCUAACCUAGGGCCCAGCAACUACUGUUAGGCGCCUCUGGCUUGCUCCUGAGCACCCCCGGUGGCCGCCAUUCGCUUGCUCUACAGAAGGGUGACGUGCACUGUACAAGCGCCGUGUCCUGAGUCGUGUUCUUUUGCAUUGGGAAAUGGGCACACGUUUUGCUGUGUUUGGGCGUAUGCUGAACUGCCUAGUAACGUUUAUUUGAGCAUGGCUUAACUAGUUGCUAGGAAAUCUGUUGUACUGACACUGCUUGCAAAACAUUAAUCAUAUUAAUGUGCUAUAACUGGUUGGGAAAGUUCAACAAAGUUAAAAGCAAUCAUCCAUCGACUAUGCCUUGAGAGCAGCCAUGUUUGCAGUAAAAAUAGGCAUGAUAAAUUCAGAGCGCUACUUCAUUGCUAUGCUACUUCAUUUGUCUAAAGUGGCAGCACAUACAAGGGCUGCACUAGCUCCUCUCAGUUGAAUAAUUUUUAUAAUGCAAAGCUUUCUUCUUGUGUAUAUGAAAGUAUGUGUGCAUUUCACAAACCUGGUAAAUAAAAGAUAGCAUAUUCUCUUA